CAACGAAGAAGAAGACUUGUCUGCUGGCUGGUACAGCUAAUGCUGAUAACUGGAGGAAACAGUAGUGCAUGCACAUCCCAAUCUGAUAUCAAGUGUGCGGGAUAAAAGGCCACAACCAUCUCAAGAAAGACUCAACAUGGCAACGCCGGUGUCUGUGCUCCGUCUGCCAAAAGGACCCGAUGCGAACAGCAGGGGAUUUGACCCACAAUCACCCCGUUUCAUUGCUCUCUGUCGAACCUCCAUUCCCACUUCUGCUGGGUCUGAGGCAGAUGCUGAGCAGCUGCCGAGGGAGCAGCAUGCCCGAUCCGUGCUGAGAGAGAGUUUCCUCCGAUGUCUCCUGUCAAUGGCCCAUAAGAAGAUUCAGUUUCACAUGUAUGAGAGGGUUAAGGUGGAGGCCACGUUUAGAGCAUCUGACAUCGAUGUGCUGAACUUUCAGGUGUCAGACCUGCACACUCCCAUCGGGGUGCAAAAAGAGGCACUGAUCAGGUGUCAGGAUGUGAUUUCAUUCACUUUUGAUUCAUGAACACUUAAGGCUUUUGUUUCCUGUUCAAACAGACUAUGCCAUUUGGGAUGAGAGGCACUUUGGAGUCUCGUUUGUUGUUGCAACUGAGCUCUAUUUUCACACUGUGAGAUAGUAUAUACAAUUGGUUAUAUUUUUGUAGGUGUGUGUGUGUGUACAUUGCUGUUUUCAGUCUGUAUACUUCAGUCAGUCAAACUGCUUUGUGAGAUUGCUUUCAAGUCCAACACUGACGAGCAGUCCCACUGUUUAGCACCAGAGGGAGUCAUAUACCCAUGUUUCAUAAGAUGUGAAGGAGACCUUGAGAGAUACUUUCUGUGGAUCGUCACGCUAUCUUGCUUUUUGAGAUGCAGAAAGAGGUUAUUACUUUCCUGGUGCUUGAGUUGACAUGUUACAUGUAUUUUGUCAAAUGUAACAUUGCACUUAUCAUUUCUUUUGAGGGAAACACUUUUCUAUUUUAAUGUCCAUUUUGUUUGGAAAAUAAUCAAGACACCUGAAAAUGUUUGUCUGAUAAAAAUUGA